AUGCAAGGAGAUGCUUUCCGUCACCUCCGUGAGCUCGUAGAUGCGGCGGAGGACAACGGGAGUCUCCAGUGGUCAUUGAAUGCCGCUGCAGUCCUGAAUGGGUCAACAAAAAGCUUAGCAGAGUUGGGAGACGAGACCUUGCGCCGAAAUCUGGAGGAAAGGCUGAGGCCAAUGGGCCCGGGCAGUUGGGCAGAGGCCUUUGCCUACGAGGCCAGCCGUCAAGAGCCCCUUCAAGAGCUCUACGAGCUCUUGGGUCUUGAUCCCAAGCUACGACACCAUCGCCGGCCUUUGACCGUGGCGGAGAAGGCCCAGGUGGUGCGAUCCCUUGCAGGGGAGCUCCAGAAGCAGCUGGCAGACCAACGGCUCUUCAUCUCCGCGCCGCCCCGGCCUUGGUGCUCGGCCCUGCUGCGAGAGAUGGCCUCAGCGAUCCUGGCCCUUUGCUACGAGAGCUUCCACGGACGAAGGUUUGACGGAUACCCUCCAGUCACUUCAAGGGACCUCCCAAUCCCUCUGCAAACGGAUGUUAAGCUCUCGGCACUUCUCCGCAGCGGGUCAGCGCGUGAAAUCACCGAUCGCCUCAUUUGGUUGAGUUUGAAAGAGCCUGGUUACGGGGACCAAAUCACUUUAACCUUGGCCGUCGUGCUGCCACGUCUAAACGAUAUGCGCCUGCUUGUGUUCAGCAGAGUUCUAUGCAAGAUCUGCAAGGGCGAGGAGAACGCGACGUCCCCCGUGGCCAAAAUCGACUUGUCCUUUGAGGAGCACAGCUCUCUCGCAUGCACUGUCGUAAGAGCUGUCCUCAGGAGUGACUUGAUAAGCCUGCCUUUCGAGCUUGACGAGCAGAUUUAUGAUGUCCGUUGCUCUCCCUUCCUGCCCGAGCCUGAGCGCAACGGGCUCCUGGAACUUAUGGCCGCCACUGCUGCUCCUACGGCAAGGACGCCGUCUCCCAGAGGGUCGCCCAAGGGGUCGCAGCGGCGAGGCUUGGUUCGAAUGCCGGUGGUGGAGGAGAGCCACGACUAUCCGCUGGCCCUGCAGCCUCGAGUGGCCCCUGCCUCGGCCUCUGCAGUUGGACGAGGCGCGCAGCUGCGGGCCCUCCGCCGCCCAGCGGCGCGGAUGCAGGAACCUGUGCCACAAGCAAGGCCAAGACGUCCGAGGAUGAACGACUCCUUUGGCUUCGGCUACGAUCCAUCAGCCCCCAGCGCGGAGAGGCUCGAAAGGAUGGAGAGGUUAGAAAGGUUCGAGAGGCCAGAACGGGAGUACGACGAGCCGGUUCUGCGAAGGGCGUGGAGACCGCCCUCUUUGCCACCAUCGCCACGCCAAGGAAGUGUGCGAGAUGGAAGGGAGCGGCCGUUUCCGCAUGACGCCCAGCUGGGCCCAAGACGAACUUUAGAUCCUGGAGGGCCUGGAGGCCCAGGCGGGUUCGGAGGGUCAGGGUAUGGAGGGCCGGGACUCGGGAUCGGUGCAAGCAUGCCGGCAAUGGGAGCAAAGCAGGGGCUGGGAGGAAUAGCAGCAAUGGGAGGCAUCGGUGGUGGGAUGGGAGGGAUGGGAGGUGCCUAUGGGGGAGGGGACAGCCCAACACUGAAGCGUGCCGCUGCUGUUUUCCAGCGCCUCGCCGAAGCUGCAGAGCAGCAGAACUCCCCACGCCUGCGCGUGCCAAACUGGACGAAAGCAGAAAAGGUCUCAGGGGAUGGAUCCAAGCGGCCAGCGGCUGCUCAGAUGAGGAGGGACUUGGAUGGCGACUCGAGGCAUGAAGAUCCGGCCGAGAGGGUCAGCUCGGAGGAGCCCUCCGCCAGCAGAACAACUGGAGGUCGUCAGAAUUCGAGCUCGAGGGUCAUGGCCAGCAAGACAAAGUUCUCGAUGCCGGACAGUGCAGAGAUUGCGAGAAUGAGGGAUGAGUACCUGCAGAACGCCCCGGUCUAUCCCUGCUUUCCGAAGAGAUUCCAGCCCUUCCGUGUGGAGCUCUACUUCCUCCUGGAAGAGCCGAGUUCCAGUGCAUCCGCCAGAGUCCUGUCCAUCGUGAUCUUUGCAUGCAUAGUCCUUUCCAUCGCCCUCUUCAUGCUGGAGACCAUGCCAGAGCUGCAGGCAGUUCCAGAAGAGUUUUGGGUGGCUUCCGAAUGCUUCUUCACCGUUGUGUUCCUCUUGGAGUAUCUCGCAAGACUUCUCGUGUUUGACGUCACUGGAGUCCCCAUUUUGACGUUCAUACGGACUCCUAUGAACGUCGUCGACGUUGUGGCGGUGCUUCCCUUUUUUGUGAUCGUGGUGCUGCAGUCGGGUCAAGCCAUAGGCUUCAUCCGGGCAGUGAGGCUUGUUCGCCUUUUCCGAAUUUUCAAGCUUGGGCGUUACUCCACCGGCCUGAAGAUGAUGAUGGUCGCUCUAGGCAACAGCGGUCAAGCGCUGAGCGUCUUGGUUUUUUUCCUGGGCAUCGGCUGCGUUCUCUUCUCUAGUGUGGUGUACCACGUGGAGAAGCUCUCCUGUCCAGACCGAGCGCGGUUCAACCAGACAGAGUUGGCGACCUACCUCCAGGAGUGCCACGUGAGGCGGCUGUCGGAGUUGGGCUUAUGCUGCAAUGAGUUUGAUGCUCCGGUGGAUUUUCCGUCCAUCUUGUCCACCUUCUGGUGGUCCAUAGUCACGAUGACGACGGUGGGCUAUGGCGACACGGUCCCCCGGACGAAUGCCGGCAAAGUUGCAGGCGCCUUCACCAUGUGCUCGGGUAUUUUAUUGCUGGCUUUGCCCAUCGCCUUGAUCGGCGCCCGAUUCCAAGAGGCGUACAACAUGGCGGUGUCCUCAAGGGGAAGUCCAUCUCUGCAGGUGCGCCGGAAAGCCAAAGAGCGGGAAGACCCUCCCACGAAGACUAUCAGCACGCGCUUGGAAGCCGCAGAAGCGUCGGGGGUUCCGAUUCCACAGCUAUGGCUUUGCACUCAUCAAGAACAACACCUCUCACAAGUUGAAGACCUACAGCUAUGA